UGAACCAUCAUUCCAAAUUGUCACUUAAAGAAUAUACAUAGGCAUACUAAUCAAAACAAAAUAAAUAGGAAAUCAUUCCAAGAGCACCAAAUCAUAACGUUAGGUAAUUUUCUAUUCUCUCUCUACAACGUUUAUGGAUGUCUCAUGACCCUAUUCUUAUUGGGAUCUCCUCCACUUGAUCAAACUCGACUUUGCCAGUUUUCUCACAUAUUUGUGGAUAUGAUUGUGUUUUAGAUGAAAUGUUUUCUGAAAUUUGCUUGCGCAGUAUGGAUAUAUAUCUAUCUGCCUACAUUUGUAUAUAGUUUAACGUAUACACAUGUAUACGUAUGUGUCCAUCCUGCUGGAGUUCUUUAAAUAGGGUCUGGGGAAAAUGGGUUUUCUUGUCACAAGUUUCUGACAAGUGGGACUGCAGAAUCCAAUCAGUUAGCCUUUAUUAAAAGGUACCUUUAAGUAAAUUAUUAUUUUGUUGUCAUGGGGAAAAGGAAUACACCACGUAGUAGCCACGUGAUUGACUAUGAAGCUGAUCAGAUGGGGCAAAGCUAUAUCAACAGCACUGACCCAUUUGUCUUUUAUGGGAAUAAUGUACCAACAAACCCACAGUCUAAUGGUCAUACUAUAGCACCACUGUCAGGAAAUACCUAUUUAUGUCCUCUGCAAGAUCAGCCAGCCAAUGCUUCAUUUUACGGGAUGACCCAUUACAAUGGCACUAUUCGUCAUCAAAAUCCCUUCACAAACCAUUAUAAUAAUCCAUACAUGGCUGCUGCAUCCUCUACUAGAGAAUUUCCCAUUACUAUUCCUUAUGGAAGGACUGUUCCUUACGUGGAUGGUGUCAGAGGUUCAUUUAAGAGUAAGAAUGCUGAUGGCUUCCCCAUGAACUAUCAUUUACACCAUGCUAUGGUUGGCUCUACUUCUUCAGUUGAGGCUUCUCCGAUCCCACCUGAAUUGUCACCAUUGGCCGAAGUUGUAUUGCAGUGUGGUCAACAAGAAGCUGUAGCAGCAGGACACAACAAUAAUAAUCACUUCAUUCAAGGAAACUUUGUGGGUCAAGGCUUUCAGUUGCCAGCUCACUCUUGGCUGGACAUGCAGCAGAUCAACACUAAUCAGGCUGCUCCUUUGCAUUAUUUACAUGGCAGUGUGGAAGGUUGUAUGGAUGGAAACAUGGGCAUACAAGGUUACCAGGUAGUGACAAACAAUGUGAGCUUGACGAGUUGUAUAUGUCCCCACAUUCCACAAGGGUUUUCAAGUGUACACCAUCUUCCACCACCCGCACAAGCGUUCAGAGACCAUAAUGUCAACUUCCCUCCUCAAAUGGCAGCAUCUUCAAACAGACUCCUAGCAAAUUUCCCCUCAAGUCCUUCCUUGGGUGUUGUUGAGGCGGGUCCUACAUAUAUCGGUCCUUUCCCACCACCUACAAGCUUUACAUCGUACACACCUCAACAAAGGGAUUUUAUGUCUGAACCAAAUAUUACGAGAAACCGUAGUGUUCCUCACAUGAGACUUCUGCCAGAAGAUGGAGUAGCUAUCUUAGAGAUUCCUGACUAUGAAGUAGUAGGGAGUUCUGUUGAUCAGCACAGAGAGAUGCGUAUGGAUAUAGAUCACAUGUCUUACGAGGAACUUCUUGCAUUGGGGGAGCAGAUUGGCUGUGUAACCACUGGGUUGUCAGAAGAAUAUAUCAUCAGCCUUUUGAAAACAAGAUUUUUUACUUCAUCGGGAUCUUCUCUUUCUAAUUCCUACUUUGCAGAAUGUUGGAAUCAAGAAACAAACUUUUGUGUCAUAUGCCAGCAUGAAUAUAAAGAGCAAGAGAACGUUGGGAUAAUUAGGUGUGGGCAUGAAUAUCAUGUAGAUUGCAUAAAGAAGUGGCUGGUUGUGAAGAACAGCUGCCCCAUAUGCAAAUCCACUGCUCUUUCAACAGCAAAACCGAAUUUGUGAACAUUCCCUUUUUGUUUUCGAAUUCGUAAGUAUUUAUUGGGGGGAUGACACUGUCUUAACUGUACUAUGUAUACUCUGUAUAUACUUCGCUCAUAUGUGACCCAACCUUGUCACACCAUAUAUCUUCUCGGACAUGUAUGUAUUUCUCCCUCCUAGUCUUGCCCUUUGGAAUUGUACAGAUUAGAAUUCUAAAGGUUUCUUUGUGUUGAACUGUGCAUAGGUUGUAUCAAAUAUUCAAAUUGUUGUUGGUAUGCAGAUGCGUAUCAAAAUAUAUUCACCGAUUCUUCAUUUUGCUGGCUUUG